AUGGCCUACAACUUUGUGAGGUCCUACAUCGACACUUUCCGCGAGCGCACUGCCGCUAUCAGCCACACGUCGACAUUCCGCGAGACGGGUCAGAUAACACCAGAAGAGUUUGUGCUGGCUGGCGACUUCCUUGUCUUCAAGUUUCCUUCGUGGCAAUGGGCAGAUGCGUCAUCGCCUGCGAAACGCGUCUCUUACUUGCCUGAAGGAAAACAGUUCUUGGUAACGCGCGGCGUGCCUUGUCAUAGGCGGCUCGACGACAACUUCGCGGGAGAGGCUGGCCAAGACGAGACGAUCGUUAGGGAUGGAUUUACUGCGGGGGAAGGCGCGACCGACGACGACGGCUGGCUGAGGACAGGCGGCAUGGCGGCGAGUCAAGAGGCCAAGGUGCGCGAUGUCCGGACCGUGGACGAGAGCGGCAACCUGGGCGCGGCAGAGGACGAAGAUGAGAUACCCGACAUGGAAGAUAUUGAGGACGACGAAGAGGCCAUAAUAAGGGACCCCAAGUCUGAGUCAAAUACCCAAGCUCCUCUCCGCACAUAUACUCUAUAUAUCACAUACUCGGCACAUUACCGAACACCGCGAUUAUAUCUCUCGGGUUACGGCUCGACAUCUGUGCCCCUGAAGCCCCAAGAGAUGAUGGAAGACAUUGUAGGAGACUACAAAGACAAGACAGUCACCAUCGAAGAUUUUCCAUUCUUCGAGAAUCCGCUCAAGACUGCAUCGGUACACCCCUGCAAACACGCCUCUGUUAUGAAAGUGCUCCUUGAUCGCGCCGAUGCUGCCUUGAAGCUGCGACUUGCCAAGCUCAAGGCAGGCAAGGACGUCAGCAAGCUCGACAGCGGCAUGGAAGCCUUGGUAGAUGACACACGGUUGCUGAAGCUUACCGAGCAAGCCAAGGGCAAGGAUGGCGAAGAGGCCAAAGAUGACUGGGAAGUUCUGAGCGAGGGCGGUGACGACGAGGUAGCUAUCCGCGUGGAUCAGUAUCUUGUCGUCUUCCUCAAGUUCAUGGCCAGUGUCACGCCAGGUAUAGAACAUGACUUCACCAUGGGAGUGUGA